AUGAGGCCCGCGAGGGGACCCGGUCGGGUGGCGGCGGUGCUGCUAAGCUGGGUGCUGCUCACCUGGCUGCAAGUGGCCAUGUCGAAGCGCCACGUGGACCUGUCCAGCUCGGCCAAGAGCGUCUUCCUGUUGAACGUAGCCCCAGGAGACACGGUGGUGUACACGUGUCCCUACACCUUCAACAGAGAAAUGCAAAACAUGUGUGCCCGCGAAAAGGAAUAUUUCGAUAAGAAGCUCUUCUGUUUCGAGCACGUCAUUAUAAAUAGGAAUGUAUUUCUCUUGAGGGACUACGUGAGGGGAGCAUACAGCAUGGUAAGUAAGUACGUAAAUAAUGUUUACACUGCACAGUUUACAGUACCCCCAGUGGUCCUUAUGAACCGACACUUCGAAUGUUACUGCUAUAUGGAUGAUGGGAAUAGGGUGGUGAAGAAGACACUGAAGGUGCAUAUCUCCAAGGGGGUAGUUAGGAAGACCCCUGGAUGUGACUUCAACGAUGAUUAUAGGGAAACGACUGCCAUCACAACCUUCAGCAAUAUGAAUCGGAACAACGUUAAGGUGUGCGAUAGCUACCCGAAGGGGGGAGACACCAUCGCUCUGCUGUGCCCUGUCAACUACACCAUCCAACCGGAGGGGUGCUUCGAUCAGGUGUACAUAAAAAAAGGGGACAUUCAAAAUGAUAAAAAUAAAUUGGAAGAACGAUUCAACGUUAGUCGUAAAUGGGAGGCAGACAAAUAUAAAGUGGUUAACAUAGAGACCCUUUUCGGUCAGAAGUUAAACAGCUUGGGGGAUGAAAUGAGCAGAUUUGCAAAAGUCCCCGUGACAAAUGAAGAAAUCAGUUUUACCUGCACAUGUCAGGCAAAUGAUGGCUCAGAUACGCUCAUGAUGAAUGUGUAUAUGAACGAAAGUUACGAUAAGUUUGUCAAGUCCAAUCACGACAGGGGGGAGCACUCCAAGCAUAACUUCUCCUCCACUACGGUUACUGAGCGCGAGGAGCGCAGCGGUGGGUCUGCUUCCUUUUUCGGUCGGGCGGUGCUUUGCGUGCUGGCGCUGCUUCUCCUGGGCGCGUAG